GGUCCCGGGGGAGGAUGGAGCAGUGAGCGGGUCUGGGCGGCUGCCGGCAGCGCCAUGGAGACGGUGCAGCUGAGGAACCCGCCGCGCCGGCAGCUGAAAAAGUUGGAUGAAGAUAGUUUAACUAAACAACCAGAAGAAGUAUUUGAUGUCUUAGAGAAACUUGGAGAAGGGUCCUAUGGCAGUGUGUACAAAGCUAUUCACAAAGAGACUGGUCAGAUUGUUGCAAUUAAGCAAGUUCCAGUGGAAUCAGACCUACAGGAGAUAAUCAAAGAAAUCUCUAUCAUGCAGCAAUGUGACAGCCCUCACGUAGUCAAAUAUUAUGGCAGUUAUUUUAAGAACACAGACUUGUGGAUUGUUAUGGAGUACUGUGGGGCUGGUUCCGUGUCUGAUAUCAUUCGAUUACGGAAUAAAACGUUAACAGAAGAUGAGAUAGCUACAAUAUUGCAAUCAACACUUAAGGGACUGGAAUACCUUCAUUUUAUGAGAAAAAUACAUCGGGAUAUCAAGGCAGGAAAUAUUUUGCUAAAUACAGAAGGACAUGCAAAACUUGCAGAUUUUGGGGUAGCAGGUCAACUUACAGAUACCAUGGCCAAACGGAAUACAGUGAUAGGGACACCAUUUUGGAUGGCUCCAGAAGUGAUUCAGGAAAUUGGAUACAACUGUGUGGCAGACAUCUGGUCAUUGGGAAUAACUGCCAUAGAAAUGGCUGAGGGAAAGCCCCCAUAUGCCGAUAUCCAUCCAAUGAGGGCCAUCUUUAUGAUUCCCACCAACCCUCCCCCUACAUUUCGAAAGCCAGAACUGUGGUCCGAUAACUUCAUGGAUUUUGUGAAGCAAUGUCUUGUAAAGAGCCCUGAGCAGAGAGCCACAGCCACUCAACUCCUACAGCACCCGUUUGUCAAAAGUGCCAAGGGAGUGUCAAUACUGCGGGACUUAAUUAACGAGGCCAUGGAUGUGAAGCUGAAACGCCAGGAAGCCCAGCAGCGGGAGGUGGACCAGGAUGAUGAAGAGAACUCCGAGGAGGAUGAGAUGGACUCUGGCACAAUGGUUCGAGCAGCAGGUGAUGAGAUGGGCACCGUCCGGGUAGCCAGCACCACAAGUGAUGGGGCCAGCACUAUGAUUGAGCACGGGGACACGUUGCCAUCACAGCUGGGCACCAUGGUGAUCAACACAGAGGAUGAGGAAGAGGAAGGGACCAUGAAAAGAAGGGAUGAGACCAUGCAGCCUGCAAAACCAUCUUUCCUUGAAUAUUUUGAACAAAAAGAAAAAGAAAACCAGAUCCACAGCUUUGGCCAGAGUGUCCCUGGCCCCCUGAGGAACUCCUCGGAUUGGAAAGUACCGCAGGAUGGAGACUAUGAGUUCCUUAAAAGUUGGACAGUGGAGGACCUUCAGAAGAGGCUCCUGGCCCUUGACCCCAUGAUGGAGCAAGAGAUUGAAGAGAUCCGGCAAAAGUACCAGUCCAAGAGGCAGCCGAUCCUGGACGCCAUCGAGGCUAAGAAGCGGCGGCAGCAGAACUUUUGAGGGAGGCCCGGCCAGGAGGCCCGCCCGCACAGCAGGCCUCUGGUGAACUCGGGCUGCUCGCCACUCGGCUUGUUGGCCAACACAUCUGCCCCAUUGUUUCCCCACAGCACCUUCACCUUCGCGAACUCAGGACGUGCGCCAGUGGGAAGGGCUGCCUGCCAUCAGCGUGCCGCCUCGUGUAUGGAUUUAAAUUGGUCAGUUAUGUUUUUCAAAGGAUUCAUAUCGGCGCUUUUAAACUCAGAGUUUUAAACCCCAGGAACCAGAGACUCUAGGAUGAGUGAUAGCUGGGAAAGUGUUACAUGUCUUGUCUUUCUUCUCCCAAUAGCUUUCAAAGGUUCUUUCUGGAAGACUUUUUAAAAAUAUAUAAAUAUGCACAUAUAUAUAAAUUAUAACUGGAUUCCCCACUGAGUGUGGUGGCAUCUCUGUACAGGUACAGUUUUAAACAGUUGGCCUCUUUUCUGUAAGAUUAUGGUACUGUGGGACACGAGGGCAGGGGCUCCGGGAGGCUCUUGGGGUCACUCAGCGACCAAGAACCAACCUCACUCUUUUGCAGGGCUGCAUUUAAAAAUUUGGUUUGGGCCAGUUCUUCCCCAUGGAUUCAGCCUUGUGUGGGUCAUCUCUGGCUUCUGGAGCUAUGGACCAUGUCCAAGGAAAAGCCUUGAGAGUUUGUGUAUACUUCUCAAGUCCCAGGAGAAGUCUGGUAUCCUCUUUGCAAACUGCCCCUUGUGGCUUCAAUGCCUUUCACCCAUCUGCACUCUCCCAACCGCCUGCAGUCACAGCACAGAUACUGCCCAGUGCCUUAAGAGGAGACAUGACCCAGUGUGGGGAUGGGCCUGCCAGGACCUCUCCACAAACACGGGGCUGUGUGCAGUCCGCAGAAGAAGUGUUUUCAGAGUUCUCAUUGUUCAUGCGAAGAUCGCACAGGGACAUUUUGCUCCACAUUCCUUACAGACAGGGGUAGAGGGCAUUGCUUUUGUGAUCAUUUUCCAGUAUGUGACUAUUUUCUUUUUUUAUUUUACUGCUGAGGGGUCUGGAAAGGACACAAAUAUCAGACUAAGAUCUGUUCUCCAGGAGGCUCCAUCCAGCCCCGCAGAAUGCCAGAGCUGGAAGGGACCACAGGCAUCAUCAGACCUGACCAAGCCUCAGAGAGGGGAAGUGACAGAGUGUCAAAAUCACAAAGCAAAUUGAAGCAAGAGCUGGGACUGGACCAGAACUCCUCACUCCUGGGCCGCUGAUCCAAGCAUUCCCUUCCCCGAAGAGAGAAAGCUCUGCCAUUUGGGUUAAGUAGUCCCAGGGGACCCUACCAAGGGAAACUUGCUCUUGUCUGGUCUCCUCAGUGGAGACCCCCUAGGGAAGCCAGGUUCAGGUUUGGCUGGUCCACAAGCUCUGCAGCCUUGGCCGGACAGCAGACCACACCACGCGGGCAACCUAGGGCCACAGGCAGAUCAGAGGGUUGAACCAUCCGUCUGUGGCACUGGCUCAUGGCCACAUGUCAUGUAGUCCACAGCAAAUAGAAGACAGGAAAGGCAGAUGUCUGCUUAUUUUUUAAUAAUAAGGAUCUGUAAGGAUAAUGUAAUUUGACUCCAUAAGGAUAGUGUAAUUUAACUCCAUAAUUGCUUUUGCUUCCCAAAACUGGGAAUCAAUGGAGUGGCAGGGAACGUCCCUCUUCUCUGGCCAGAUUCUGUUCUUUGCAAUAAAAGCAAGUUUUAAAAAGUGUAAGAGGCAGUGGUUGGUCUGCAGGGUUUGGCCAGUUAGGCAGUUAUGUGGCAGAUAGAACAGAAGACAGUUGGAAGAUCCCACUGGAAUAACCAAUGGCAGCUAGCAUGUGUCGACCACUGAGUAUAUGCCAGGCACUGAGCUAGGUGGGCUUUUUAUAUAUGUCAGAUCCAAACUUCACAAGAACUCCUAAGUUAAGUACUUUAUCUCCAUUUCAUAGAUGAAGAAAUCAGUUCAGAGAGAGAAAGACCAUGUAUUUCCCAAGGCAAUACAGCUAGUAAGUGACAGAGUCAGGACUCAUAGCAUCACCACAUGGGACCAAGUAUUUACUGACUUAAAAGGAAGAUCACAAGUCUUUAAAAUGAAGGGACCACCUUUUCUUGCACAGAAUAAAUAACUCCAGCUGGCAUUUUUAGGUUGGGAAACGGCCGAGUUAGUAAUCAAGUGUGACAGCCAAGUGAGUGUCACCAACCUCAGCAUGGAGCGUGCUUUCCACCACACCAUAUACUGUGCUCGCGAACAGGCCUGCCUCAACCUCUUUCAUUUUAGAAAGGACUUUGCACUUGGCCAGACAGCAGGGGAAUUGCCCAUUUCUUCCUUCCUAAGCUAGAUCCAAGUUAAAGAAGGUUUUGGUUUUUCCCCAUAAAUAUUCUUGGGUCCUGAAUCUUGAUCCGGAGUUUAUUUUGUUCUAGCAAAGGACACUGCUCACCAGUCUAGCUAGACAAAGCCCUCAGGCCAAAAGUCAAUUUCUUUGGACCAGGUCCAUUUCCUGACAAGGUGCACCAUUUCCUGGUGACAGAAAGGCAACAGGGCAAGUCCUAGUUGUUUUCCCCUUGAAUGCUAACUCCAGCAUAGGUCAGUGUGCUUUCUUUGAGCCCUGAGUGUUGGCAUCUGUGACUGAAGCUCCCAGGGAAUGCUGUUCCCCUCCCCUCAUCUGUUCUCUCUUUUUAAGAAAUAAUGACCCACACCUAAUUGUAUCUUUAAAAAAAAAAAAUCUCAAAUUCUCUAAGAAUAUCUUGAUUGCUUCCUCAUCAGUAAUUUUGAAGCAGAUUUCCCUUUCUUUUUCCUUUGUCCCUUCUCCCAACCACCAACUGGAUGGAUAGAUGGAUGAAUGAAUGUUUGGCUGGCUGGCUGGCUAGCUACCUAGGACCAAUAGUCAGAAGCAACUUAAGAGCUGUAGCCUUGACCCUUUGAGACUACUGUGUAUUCUGAUCCAGGAAACAUUGAGCACCUGCCAAAUUCCAGAGGUUUAUUAUACCAUUCAAAUUUCAGUAGCUCUUACCAAUUUCAGGAAUGAGAGAGGUGACAUCAUUAUAGCUCCUACAGAUAUUAAAGGACUAUGGAAAAGGUCUUGAACAACUAUGCUAAUAAAUUCAACAAUUUAAAUAAAAUGAACAAAUUCCCUUUAAGAUACAAAACACCAAAGCUCAUUCAGUAGAUAAUCUGAAUAGCACUGUAUCUAUUAAAACUUAAUAGUUCUGGGAGAUAUAGGUAUUAUUGUCCUCAUUUUACAGAUAAGGAAACUGAGGCUCAGAGGGAUAAAGUCUGUUGCUCAAGGCCAUGCAACUAAAAUAUGGUGGAGCUCGGAUUCAAAUGCAGGUCUUCUGAUUCUUAUUCCAGUGCCCUUUCCAGCAUACCACGUUGCCUCUAAGAAUUGGAGCUCCUCAGCCUCCCAUCCCAUCCUUUCUUACACACUAUGUGUUUCCAUCAGGAUUGUAUUCAUUGUAUUUGGACUCUGUUCUUUUUUGUGUCUAGAGAAAAAAAAAAAUCUCUUCCACCAGCUUGCACUCGAACCAACUUGGAAAAAGCUUAAAUGCUGUUGCUGAUGUACAACUUAAAAAUGUGAAGUUUGUAGCUUUAACUUUUUGUAAUAAAAACUAAUAACACUGGCUUAAGUGCUGACUUGAAAUGCUAUUUUAUAAAGUUUGGAUGUAAAUAAUCAAUCGAGGUCAGCAGUUUGUAUAUGUAGGAGAUAUGGCUUCCUCCCUGCACCCCCCAUUUUUUUAAUUUGAGGUGCUUCCUGUGUGUUUUUAUGUUAGAAUUGUUCUCCCUCCUUCCUACAUGUGGUCACCUUUGUUUUAAAUAAACUGUUCUUUGGAACCCAA